ACCACAACUCUGGUAACAUCCAUCGAAGCACAUGGGUGAAUCUAAAGAGAAACAGAACAGCAAUGACUUGAUUUUAAGAAAAGGAAGACGAAAGUUAAAAAUCUUGUUUUAUUGUCAUGCAACUGGUGUACAUUUGGCAAUAGCGACGCUUGCAGCACUACAAACACUUCAGACGAGCAUUAACAUAAAAGAUGACAUAGGCGCUAUUUCAUUGACUGCGGCGUAUAUAACAUCCAUAUUUUUCGGAGUUUUCUGUGUCCCGGCAGUUCUACGUGUGUUCGGUCCUCAUGUAGCUUUAGUGAUGUCCGACGUUUGUUAUUUACUAUAUUGUUUGGCAAAUUUUUAUCCAGAUUUGGUUGUCCUGACAAUCGGAGGCAUAAUCAGCGGAAUCGCUCGAGCACUUUAUCUUCCAAGUUACACAAUUCUCGUUAUGCAAAUCGCUUCACAAUGUAUGCAAUACUCAACAACGAAACAAGAUGGAUAUUAUUUCAAUUAUUUUCAAAGUCGAUUUUAUGGAAUGGUUGAAGCUGCUUCGAUAGUUGGAAACAUUUUAUCUUACGCAAUCUUGUCAGGAACAAAAUCCGACUCAGGUUCAGAAGAACUUACAUCUGGUAACACUGCAAUUUCUCCUAACGUUACAACAUCUGGCGAUUUUUCAAACUCGUACCAAUACUGUGGAGUAUACGAUUGUCAAGAUCCAGAAGUUGUCGAGAACAAUAUAGAUCAGUAUGUUCCCCCAGAUCAAAUGAGUGUAUAUAUAUUCUUAACUGUCGUUAGCAGCCUAUCGGUUCUUUCAGUUAUCAUGCAUUCUUUCAUAUAUCCGGGUCUUGGAACUUUUAGUCAUAAAUUGACCAAAGUAAGAGAGCGAGUGACCAACAGUCUUGAAGAAAACACAACAAAAUCCAAUACUGAUUUCAACAUUGAUGAAAUCAGUGUGACAUCAAACCACAACAAGAAAAAUGACGCCAAAUUUCAAAUAUAUGAAAAUGAAGGUUUCACAAACGACGAGAUUAAAACAAACGGGAAUGUGGCGGAUAAUGAUGACACCAGUUCAAUACAGUUGUCCGUGACUUCCAUUGAAAGUGCAGAGACAAGUUAUGAAAACUACUGGUCAACUCUAAAAGCAACGUUUUUGUUUCUCAUUUAUCCUCGCUCUCUGAUGCUGAGUGCAUCCGCAUUGCAUUUUGGAAUGUUUCUUGGAUUCUGUUUUGCUGAUCUUACCAGAGCAUACGCUUCUUGCGUCGCAGGAGUUGAAAUGACUGGCCUUUUUGCCAUGACAUUCGGAGCAGCGGGUAUGGUGUCCGCUUUGUUAUAUGGAAGAUUGAACUUCCCAUACCGGCGAUACGUUAUUUAUGCGGGAUUGUCAGUGUUAGAAUUAUCGAUGUACGUCGCUUGCUAUUUAUGGAAUCCCAAUCCCGACACAAUAUGGAUGGUUUAUAUGAUGUUUAUAGGAUGUGGAAUUGUAAAAGGAGCUUACAGACAAAAUAUUGUUGAAACUUACACUGUACAUUUUCUACACAACAAAGAUCUCGCGCUCAGUGUUUACAAUGUUUGGUUUAUGGCGGGAUUGGGAAUUCAAUAUGGUUUGAGUACUUUUAUGUGCGUUGAGACAAAACUGUACACACAAUUAGGUAUUUUUACAGCAGCAAUAAUACUUUUUGGUAAGUGGAUCAGGUACACUAUUAAUUUGAUUUUUUAUAUCAAAGUUACCCCUAAAAAAUGUCUGUAUCCGAAAAACAUACAGAAAUGUUGGAAAUGAAAUUAUAACAGGGGCUCGUACUGAUCUAAAAAAACAAAAAAAAAAUUUUUCAGCAAAAAAAAUAAAAAUAAAUUGAUUCCCUGUUUUAAAAAUCGAUACAACUAUUUGGGCUCAAAAAAUAAAAAAAAUAGUUUUCAUCAUUGACAAAUAUAGCAUUUGUUUGAUGCGAUUUCAUAAAGCACAAUCUACAAUCCGCGGUUGUAAGUUGCACAUAUUCUAAAAUAACCCAAUUUCAACGAUUUCCAGUUUUAGUUGAAUUCAUCUACAUGCGGGGCAAUGGCGUAGAGAAAAAUCAAAAUAACGAGAUUAAAACAAAACUAUGAAUGUUGGAAUCCUCGAAUCUGCGAAGGAAAAAAAGAAACGCGCUGAGAAGAAAAUCGCUGUCAACACAAACAUCGUUUUAAGAUUUUCUAAUCAUUCGUGGAAUGUUUUUGUUGUGUAUAUUUUUCAUGUUCAUGAAAUGAACCCCACAAUUUGCAUAUAUUGCACGCUUCACCCGGCAAUUUUAUAGAAGACAUUGACAAAAAGUCAAUCGUAUAAAUGUUGUUUUAUAAAACAAAUGCUACAAAAGAUGCAAUAAAAUCGAUAAAUUCUUACCUG